GCCGACAUCUUGUUCGAAGUCCACCAAUAACAAGCACUUUUCCACCACACGACGCGGCACCGACAACUCUUUCUUGACGACUUUCUCGUACUUAUUCUCGUCAUAGACUUCGGCGGGUUAGGUUUGCAAUCCCCAGCAACGGUCAACCAUCACAUCCAGUCGUCAUGUCCAAGGCUUUACAGACAAAGGCGCAGGUUGUCCGCCUCUUGAUAGGAGCAGGCAAAGCUGCACCCACUCCGCCUGUUGGACCCGCUCUCGGUGCUCGUGGUGUGAAGUCUAUGGAUUUCUGCAAAGAAUUCAACGCUCGGACAGGGCACAUAGAACCCGGUGUCCCAACCCCAACACUUAUCACCGUGCAGCCUGAUAGAACGUUCACCUUCAUCACGAAGACACCACCAACAUCAUAUUUUUUGAAGAAAGCGGCGGGGAUCGAGAAAGGCACCGCAAAACCAGGACACGAGUUUGUUGGCACCGUUAGCCUCAAACACGUGUACGAGAUUGCCAAAAUUAAAGCGACAGAUGAACAUCUAAAGCAUCUCCGGCUCGAAGCCAUCGCUAGCACAAUAGUAGGGACUGCUAGGACAUUGGGUGUGCAGGUCGUUCCGUGAGCCGGAACGCCAACAUACAUGCUACAUUGUGCGUCUCUUCGUGUGCAAUUCGCAAUACAUGUCCGCUGAAGACGAUUGAUUAUCGCUCAACGUCCGUACAGUUGCCCGCCCCGGAGCUCGAUAGACUGUCUGUACAGAACUCGCAGGUGUCUGCGGAUGUGCCUGAUAUCCUAUGUUUGUAGACUACUUAUCUCAAUAAUCAGCACCCGACCGUCAUGCCUCUUGAAAGUCUUCUAGUCCUCCCAACCCGUGUCCAAUACCGCGUCGGCCAUUGAAGGGCUUCAUCAACCUGCGUACAUACAAUGUGGUCUGGGCGGCAAUGGGCUCACUGAUGGACGCCAGAGCGGGAACAUAUAAGGUUCAAGGGAACAAAGUUGCGUUUUGCGUAAGCAGCAGAAUAAGGCCUGGGAUAAUGGAUUGGGAAGUCGAAGGGUCUGUUGAGCGGUCGGGUAGCGUUAUCUAAAUGAACUCUCCACGUUGAUAUGCCCGACUUGCCAUCUUUGAAUACAAUUUGCUGUGUGGACCGC